AAUUGUCCAUCACUUUGCAGUACGAUCUUGUCCGCAGCUCAAAGAGCAGGAAUCGCCAGCGUGGAACUAGGAUAAGAGUUACCUUCCCAGAUCCAAGCAGCAACGAUCCAUUCCAAAAUGUUCACCGCUCUACUGGAUGCCGCCCGGAACUCGCCCUUCCGCACACCGUUCACCCGCGUGCAGUGCGACGAUGGUACCGUGGCACCGACCGAAAAGGCCGUAGUAACGGGCCGCUCGGUUCAGGCUGCGUCCACCCGCGAGGUCGAGUUCGGCUCGAACGAAUUCUUUGGCCUGUGCGCGGUCGGUGGUAUCCUGUCGUGCGGUAUCACGCACACGGCUGUCGUACCGCUCGAUCUGGUCAAGUGCCGGCUGCAGGUCGACCAGGCCAAGUACAAGAAUCUUUUCCACGGAUUCAAGGUCACCAUCGCUGAGGAGGGUGCUCGCGGUCUAGCCAAGGGAUGGGCGCCGACCUUCUUCGGCUACUCGGCACAGGGAGCUUUCAAGUUCGGACUGUACGAAGUGUUCAAAAUUCAGUAUGCUAACAUGAUCGGUGAAGAGAAUGCGUACCUCUACCGCACAUGGGUAUACUUGGGCGCUUCGGCAUCCGCUGAAUUCUUCGCCGACAUUGCCCUGGCUCCGCUAGAAGCCGCCAAGGUGAAGAUCCAGACCAUGCCCGGUUACGCCAACACCAUGCGCCAGGCCAUGCCGAAGAUGAUGGGCGAGGAAGGCAUUACCGCUUUCUACAAGGGUCUCGUGCCACUGUGGUGCCGUCAAAUCCCGUACACCAUGAUGAAGUUUGCCUGCUUCGAGAAGACGGUCGAACUGCUGUACAAAAAUGUGGUUCCGAAGCCUCGCGACCAGUGCACGAAGGGUGAGCAGCUGCUGGUCACAUUCGCCGCCGGUUAUAUUGCCGGUGUGUUCUGUGCCGUAGUAUCGCAUCCGGCCGAUGUGGUCGUGUCGAAGCUGAACCAGGCCAAGGGAUCGUCCGCCUUCGACGUUGCCAAGCAGCUCGGAUUCAUGGGAAUGUGGAACGGUCUGACGCCGCGUAUCAUCAUGAUCGGUACCCUGACUGCCCUGCAGUGGUUCAUCUACGACGGUGUAAAGGUCGCCCUCUCCAUUCCCCGCCCGCCCCCACCAGAGAUGCCGGAGUCGCUCAAAAAGAAGCUAAACGUUGAAUAAUUCCCCCGGAAGCAGGAUAAUAGCCGUGAAGUGGUGCUGAUGGUGAUGGUGGUGCAGUUUUUUCGUGUGCUCAGCAGUGCAGAAGGGGCAGCGUUUUGAUCGGCCGGUGUACCCACCGGAUGUUGUAUGCGUGCGUGUGUUGUUGCGAAUGCGAAUCAAGUGUUGUAAGAGUGCAGUUGAACAAAAAUAAUGUUGCCUGCAGUGAACUGUUGAUAUUUGACCCGAAGCAAUGCAUGAAAAUGAUGAAAUGUAUGUGAAAAGAUCAGGGUAUGCGGUUGAAAAUAGCAAAUAAGUUUUUAUGUAUGUGACACGGGCAGCAUGGCAGGAAAGAAAACAGCCUAACACGGGUAGCUUGCGCCACGUGCUGCUCCUGAGCACUUCCAACGCACAGCUGUGCGUCAUUCAACAUCAUCAUCUGCAUCGCGAAUAAAAUCCCUAACCGUGUGAAUUGCGAUACGAUUAGUAAACAUA